CCUGGCAACAGGGGAUGUCAGCGGUGGGAGGGGAGGGGGAAUAAUAAUUGAUUUGUAUUUGUGGUAGCACCUUGGAACCCUAGUCCUGGACCCCAUUGUGCAGGGCGCUGUACGUUAUGUAUUAGGUGUAUUACGGUAGCACCUAGGAACCCAUCAUGGGCCCAGACCCCAUUGUGCAGGGCGCUGUACAAACCCAGGACAAAGAUAUGGCCCUUGUCCCAAAGAGCUGCUUCUCUCUCACACUCACACACCCCCCCCCUCGUGAGCUGAGCUCUGCAGGGAUAGCGCAAACGGGAUUUGAAUGCCUAUUCGCUUUGCUUCUUUAAAAUCUGUUGAUUCCUUAGCUGCAUGGACACGCCACCGGGAAACCAGUCACGUUGGGCCACGCUCACGCAUCACAGGCCCCCUCUGACCUCACAACGCACAAGGCUGCGCUACCACGGUUACCAGUCUGGACCAAGGGCCAGAGGUGGGCUCUGCCUUGGAGCUCACCACUGCCUGCCCAGCCUCCUCCGCGCAGGGACCCAGAGGGCCUGAUUACAGGGUGUGCCAGCAGAGGAACAAGGCAAGGGUACCUCCAGCAUUGGAGGCAGUUGAGAACUGGCCCCGCUUAGCCAAGCCGUGAGGAGCUAAAGCCCUCGCGUGUGACGGGCAUCGCCCAGCGCUUUCAUAAAGGGGUUGUUAACGGAAGCUUUCCCUGGGUCCUCUGUGUCUUUCGAGCCGCAGGUCCCCGGGAAGUGGGACUCCGCGUAAACAUUCAGAGACUGAUCAGAGCACCGAGGAGGAGAACCCGGAAAGCUACGCCAGGGCCAACCGCCCCACGUCGCGUCGUUCCAGUGUUUGGGGCCACACCUCCAGCGGGAAACAAGACCACGCAGACAGGGCAGCCGGGAGGUGGCUCCAAUCUGACGGCAAGUCAAGGAGCAGUGUCUCCUAUCGGCCGGCAAAAUGACUGAUCUGUGUGAACCUUGUGAGGGGUCCUCUUUGGACUCAGAGCCCCAAGAUCCAACCACAAGCCCAGGAGCCCCCACGACCUCAAAGCAUGCCAGCCCCAGCGUCUCGGAGCUCAUCCUUUGGGCCGUGGCCACCUCCCCGAAAUGCCAAGGCCUCUCCUUGGAGGCCCUGAAGAAGAUAAUCACCAAGGCAGGCUACGACGUGGUGAGGAACAAAACCCAUUUCCUCCGUGUGCUCAAGGGGCUGGUCUCCAAAGGGCUGCUGAAGCAGAUGACUGGGAUGGGCGCCACAGGCUCCUUUCGUGCCGGCAAGAAGAAGAGGGACGUGAAGAAGAAUCAAGUAGCUGGCAAGAAAAGGAAGAAGCCCGGGAGGAGGAAGGCACCCAAACGCGUGUCCUCCAAAGCCGGCCGGCCAGCCCACCGGGGUAGGAAACGGCAAGCCGCCAAGUGAGGGAUUGCAUCCCCCGCUGUGAAACAAGGCUUAAUAAAGGGAUCCAUGUAUUUAAAAGCUCUCCCGUGUCUGGGCGAAUCCUUUCAAAGUGAGAUGCGAAGAGGAAACCGCCUUGAAAGUCAGGAGGGUGGGAGGCCAGGGGCUGAAUGCCUUCCCAGCCCUCUGCAUCAGUCUGGGCCAUUGUGUGGGUGGGGAGAACUCUGCGGGAUUACGGAACUGGUGCUUGGUAACUUGGCUGAUCCUU